AUGAUGUGUUGUGGUGUCUUCAAGGUGGCGCGAGGAAACGGCUGUUGCCUCUUUUGCCCAGGGCGCCUGGAUAUACAAAGCCUUCCUCGGUUUGAUUUGCGAAGACACUUCAAGUACUCUUCUAUUUUUGACGCAUUGAUCGAUGAGGACUUGGCGCACCUGAGCAAGAAGGCAGCGGUGUUCAACGAGAAAUACAAGGGUAAACUGCGCCACAAGCUGCUGAAGGCCAUUCAGGAAUACGAGCACCUGGACGAGCAAGUAGAUAUCAUUUCCUACUACAUCCACAUUAUCUACUCCGUGAACACGACAAACGAAGAUAUCGCGAAGCGGCAGAACCAACUGAAGGCAACAAUGGCUGCAGCGAUCCAACCCAACUUCGUCUUCAUGGAGUUGGAAAUUGCCGAACUUCCAGAGGAAGUCAUUGAAGAACAAAUGCGGUCUUCCAAGGGGAUGCUCAAUUUCUACUCUGGCUACCUCAGUUCCGUCCGCCGUCGUUCGCCGCAUGUCCUCUCUGAGGCCGUCGAGCGCGCCCUCUUGGUCCGCGCCCCGUGGGUUGGCAAGUCCGCUGUCAUUGAUUAUUACCGGAAGCAGAUUGGCGGGGCGACUUUCGAAAUGGGCGGGGAGAGCAUGCCUCUUUCUGAAAUUCUCAGCUUCGUCAUGAAUGUGAAGCAGGAGCGACGCCACGAAGCACAGCGUGCCGUACACAGCGGCCUGAGGAAGCAGAUGAUUGACAAGUUUGCGGCGCUCAGCCUCAACGUGGUUGCAGGCUCGUGGCACAUCGAAGGAAAGGAGAGGCAAUAUUCGACGCUGCGGGCUAUGCGUAACGUUGCCAAUAAUGUCUCGGACAAAACCGUGGACGCACUGAUCCACGCGGGCGCCACGGUGGCGGUGGACCUGACGAGGCGUUAUUACAAGUUGAAGAAGGAAAUCCUCAAGAGGAAAGGAGUGCUGCAGACGUUCUCUUUUUCAGAUCGCUUGGCACCCUUGCCCCUCAAGUCAAACGAACACGUUUUCGGCUGGGAGGAGUCGACGCGUAUUGUGCGAGAAGGGUACCAAUCCUUUUCGCCUACCAUGGCCAAGUUGUUUGAUACGCUCCUGGCGGAAGGCCGUAUCGAUGCGCCUGCGACCGCAGGGAAACUCACGCCGCGGUGCUACUUAGGCACGCCGACAACGGGGCCUUUCAUCCUUUUGGAACACACUGGGCAACAUCAUUGCGUCGAGACUCUUGCUCACGAAGCCGGCCACGCGAUUCAUUCGAUCCUGUCGUACAGACAAGGCAAUCUGCAGCUAGCGCCGCCCCUAACCAUCGCCGAGAUGGCGAGCCUUAUGGGCGAGCGGAUUGUCUUCGAUCACAUUCUACAGAAAACGGCCGAUCCUGAAGAGCGUCUGUCGCAUCUCUUGCGUCACCUCGACGGCUGGACUAGCACAGUGACUCGCCAGCUUAUGUUUGACCACUUCGAGGAAAGGGUACACACCGCCAGAGCUGAGGGAACUGUCUCGGACAGCGCGUUCACAACCAUGUGGACUGAAACGCUCAUCAAGUACUACGGCAAGGAAGGUGAAGUCUUCGACUCCUAUACGCACACGGAUCUCGACUGGGCGAGGAUUCCCCACUUCCACACGACACCCUUCUACGUGUAUGCAUAUGCGUUCUCAGAGCUCGCUGUGGGCUCUUUGUAUGGUGUGUACAAACGGUCUGCCGAAGGCUUCGAAGAGAAGUACCUUGAAGUGCUGCGAGCAGGCAAUAAGAAGAGUUUCGAAGAGGUCAUGACACCUUUCGGCCUCAACCCUUCUUCCGAGACAUUCUGGGUUGAUGCAAUGAUGGCUACCGGAGGCUCGGUACUCGACGAAGCGGAGGCGCUCGCUGCACAGCUGGGCCUGGCAUGA